GCCCUGUGAUUGCUAGAACCACUCUUGAGCUGAGAACAUUUCUCUUUUAAGACUAUGUUAGAACUUUUAAUCAGGAUUUACUUCCCUUUACCCUGUUCAUGUUUUUUCUCUGGCUUCUGCAUUAAUAGCACUCAGUUUUUGCAUCAAGUUUUUGUGGGUUUCCUUUCCAUUAAAAAUCCUGAAGUCUGUGAGCAACUGCAAGCAAAAGAAGGAAAUACUGAACACACCAGAAGGCUCAUGAGCUGAGAAAAAUGGAGACGCUGGCCCAGACUCAUAUGAAUAUUUCCAAGGUGAUGCUAGAUGGCAGCUUCACUAACAGCUCCUCCAACUGUACAAUUGACGGCUUCAAACAAGUAAUUUAUCCCAUCAUGUAUCUCUUUAUCUUCUUCCUGGGUGCUGUUGGAAACAGCCUCUCCAUUUAUGUUUUCUUCCAGACUUCACAAAGGACCUCAGUGAACAUUUACAUGCAGAACUUGGCUAUUUCAGACCUCAUGUUUGUGAGCACUUUGCCCUUUCGAGCCUCGUAUUUCCUCUUGGGAUCACGUUGGAUAUUUGGUGAUAUCCUCUGCAGGAUCAUGACUUACACCUUGUACAUGAACAUGUACUGCAGCAUUUAUUUCCUCACCGUGCUCAGCGUGGUUCGUUUCGUAGCCAUCGUCCACCCGUUCAAACGUGAAAAAGUGACCAACAGGAAGUAUGCCAGGAUAACCUGUGGGGCCAUAUGGAUCUUUGUGCUGGCAGCUGCCAGCCCUCUGUUAAACAAGGGAGUUGCUGGCUACAGCAACCCAGCCAAAUGCUUGGACCUACACCCCUCCAGCACACACAGGGUCCUCAUGAUGAACAGCUUUGUCCUCGUCGUGGGCUUCAUUCUGCCCUUCUGCACAAUUGUGUUCUGCUACGUCUUUGCCAUCCGAGCGCUGCUCAAGGCCAGGGCUCCGCAGACAAAGAGGGCAGUCUGUCACAGGAAGGCACUGCUGACCAUUACCAUCAGUCUCAUCCUCUCCCUCGUCUGCUUCCUGCCAUAUCACAUCCUGAGAACUGCCCACCUGAUGCACAGCAGCUGCAGCCACGCCAACCUGCACCAGGCGCUGGUGGUCACUCUCUGCCUCGCUGCCAUGAACAGCUGCCUCGAUCCCUUCCUCUAUUACUUUACUGCUGAAAAUUUCAAAGCAAAAAUCAGAAGUUUGUGCUGCAGGUAG